UUACCGCCAUUGCCACUGCCCUCUUCUUCCUCUGAUCAUUCAAAGUUUUAAAAAACACUCAUCUCUCUCUCUCUCUCUCUCUCUCUCUCCAUAUUUGAAUACACACACAUUUAUAUCUACAUACCCAUAUUGCCAUAUAUGAUGAUGUUGUUUCUGUUUGUCAAGACAUUCCCUCAUCCACUCUCUCUCUAAAAACAUAAGUAUAUUCACACAUUUCUUUUCUCCCUUUCACUCUUUACAUAUGCUCCACUCCAUUUGCAUUUAUUAGUUUUGUUCAUUACUUAUUUCAGUCAUCACAUAUAUUUCAAAACUACAAAAGACUUCUUUUUCACUCUCAUUUUAAUUGUUGAGUUCCAUUUUAGAUCUGUAGCUUCUUUUUUUAUAUUUCAUAAGAGAUUUCAGUGAUGCUUUUGAAUGAAAAGCUAGGGUUUUGUUGUGGUGGGGUUCAAAUUGAGUGAAAAUUUGGGGAUUUUAGUGCUUAAAGGUUGGAACUUUAGCAAUGAAUAGGAGUUUUAGGGCUCCAGAGAGAGGAAUGCAAGCUGUAGUUGUGAAGCAAAUGAGGGAAUCUGUUAUGAGGGACAAGGAAGAAGAGCUUGCUUUGUUUCUCGACAUGCGGAAACGAGACAAGGAGAGUGAUAUGCUUCUUAUUCACAAUGUAGAUGAGUUUGAUGCUCCAUUGGGAUUAACGACGGGAAGUUCUCCUAUAUUUAAUAUCGCAUCAGCCACACCUGCGCCAGCAAGAAAGACCGCUGCAGACGAGUUUUUGAAUUCUGACAAUGAUAAAAAUGAUUAUGACUGGCUUAUGACACCUCCUGGCACUCCUCUUUUUCCAUCACUAGAGAUGGAAUCACAGAGAGCCAAUAUGAUUGAGAUUGGAACUCCUAAUGCUCGACCAACUGCAUUGAAAUCUAGACUAGCAAAUUCUGAUCUGGAGCCUACUACAAGAAAUAACCUUACAUCUAGACAGUCAGUUUUGGCUCCUGGGUUAAAUACAUCCAGUACAGGAGUUCAAAGGCCCUCAUCCUCUGGUGGUCUGGGAUCAAGACCUGCUACAGCAACUGGACGCCCUACUUUGGCCUCAGCCUCUAAACCUACAUCAGCCUCAACCUAUAAACCCUCGUCUACUACUGCAUCAAAACCAUCAGCUACCAUGGCAUCUAGACCCUUGCGUUCUUCAACACCCACCCGUUCCUCCGUGCCCUCAGCUAAGCCCGCAGCCCCUGCAAGAUCUUCUACACCUACAUCGAGGCCUACUGCAAGAUCUGCUACACCUACAUCGAUGUCUACUGCAAGAUCUUCUACUCCUACGACGAGGUCUACUGCAAGAUCUUCUACUCCUCCAUCGAGGUCUACUGCAAGAUCUUCAACACCAACUAGACCUGCUGCUCCUGCACCAGUGAACAAACCCACAUCCAGGGCUGCGACUCCAACUCGUAGACCAACUACUCUGUCAGCCGCGUCAACUGUAUCAGUUUCUCCAGCUAAAUCUCCAUCUUCUUCAGUUACCAAGUUCACUUCUACUGCGAUAAGAAAUUCAGCACCUCCACGUGCUAGCUCCCCUACAGUAAAACCAAGACCAUGGAACCCAUUAGACAUGCCAGGAUUCUCCCACGACGUGCCUCCAAAUUUACGUACUUCACUUUCUGAUCGCCCUACUUCAGCUACUAGGGGCAGGCCUGGUGCACCAAGUGUUCGAUCAUCAUCAAUUGACCCUGCUCCCAAUGGAAGGAUUAGACGUCAAUCAUGUUCACCGUCAAGAGGACGCCCUCCUAAUGGCAUUAAUUAUAACUGUGGAAGCUCUGUUCCUGCUUUAAAUCGGGCAUAUGCUAAAGCCCACGACAAUGUGAGUCCUGUUAUGUAUGGAACCAAGAUGGUUGAGAGGGUGAUAAACAUGCGUAAAUUAGCGCCACCUAAGCAGGAUGACAAACACUCACCUCGGAGUAACUUAUCUGGCAAAUCUUCAUCUCCAGACAGCUCGGGUUUUGGAAGAAAUUUCUCUAAGAAGUCCAUGGACAUGGCUAUAAGGCAUAUGGACAUACGGCGAAACAUUCCCGGAAAUCUACGACCAUUAAUGACCAAUAUUCCUGCUUCCUCCAUGUAUAGUGUGAGAUCAGGGCCUGCACCAAGAAGCAGACCAGUUAGUGUUUUAGACUCGCCUCUUGCAACAAGCAGUACUGCAAGUUCUGAAGUGAGUGUCAAUAACAAUGCUUUUUGUGUGGAUGCAAGUGAAUUAGAUGGUGUUAUUAAUAGUGAAAGGGGUAUCUAUCCCCUGCCAGUGUAGGGGAGAGGUGAUGGUUCGAUAAUUUAAAUUAAAAAUUAGUUCUUAAAUAUUUAGGAAAAAAAGAAAAGAAACUAUCUUUUAAAUCCGACUGUAGUUGGUGUUGUUGUCCAUUGGCAUUAGAGAAUUCUGCAAAAACUAUGGCAAAAGAUGUGGUUGAAUUUUCACAUGAUUUUAUGUAAAGUUAGAUGGAUUGAUUAGCUUCAUCAGUUGUAGCCUUUGUAUUAGGAGAAAACAUUUGUGGUCAUGGUGGAUUUUUGGUCAAUGUUUAAUCAUUAAUCCGACAUAAGAACCCUGGUUUAA